ACAUAUUAUUGCCAUGACAUGUUUUAGCUUUAUGUGAAGGAUCAUUAUAUAACAAUGAGGAAGACACAAAAAACACCAUUGCAGGAGAAGCGAGUGUUGUGAACACACGGACCUUUCAGACGUUGAGUAACAAAAACAGUAAAAUCAUCAACUUUGAGAAACCAUGAAGACCAGUUUAUUUUGUGCGACUUACAUCCUCGCCCUGGUGGCCACAUCGUAUGCUCGGAUGAGCCGUGACCAACUGCGGUCCUCCCUCGCCAAAAUGGACCCCGUGUUUGCCCACCAACGUGAUCGCCCCGUGAUGGUGUCCCAGAACACCAACAUUUUCCUUCCGGUGAAACAAACACCUCCAGAGCCCGCUGUUUUAGACAUAGGGCAGCAGGUCGCCUCUGGGAAUAUGGCUGCUGGAAAACCGGGUUUUAAUAAUCAGUUGUUGGCGCAAGUCAGCCUCAGGACGGCCACACCGAAGCCGCUAACUCGUAAAACCAAAAGUCCGACCACAACUUUGAAACCAGCACCCAAACCAACCACCAAGUCUUCGGCCCCGUCCGUACAGAGAUUCAAUGACCGGUUCCUGAAUGAGGCCGCUAAGCCGAUACCGAUGGCUGAGACGAUACUGAACGGGAAGGAGGGAUGUUCGUUCAAGGUGCCCUCUUUCCUCAUGCCAGAUCCCGAGCCGACGAGCGCCCAUGAUGCGGAACACAGAUGUCCUUCCUUCCUGAUUCCGGGCCCCAGCAUCAACCCCAGUCUUGUUAACCUUCUGGUGGAACACUGGACUGGUAUGGAGGCCACCGAGACUUCCGUCAACCCUGUGCGCUCCCAGAUCUCGCAGAUUGAAUUCGAGCAGAAGUGCCUACUUCCGGCGUUGCGCGCGCAUGUUACGGGUGGAGAGGCGUGUCGCUCACGACAGCUCACUGUGUAUUUGCAGUGGCUCCUGCAUCUUCGACAGCGGUUGUUCAAUAUUUAAACAGUGACUCCCCAACAAACUGUUCAGAAAGGUGGGUUGCAAGAUUCAACCUGCUUGAAAAAAAGCCAAAUAUAAGUUGCCAUGUGCCAGAAUUUUAUCCUGUAUUUUAAUGGUUUCUGGACCAUUGUUGUUUGUAUGUAUGCUCAAAAUGUUUGCCAAGUUUGAUGAAUAUUUAUAGAAGUCUUUUUUAUUGUAUGUAGACCAUUUAUACCAUCAAUUUUAAAUUUGUUUUCGGACCAGUUUAGUUUGAGUUUGUAAAGAUUUUCGUAAUUUUGAGAUAGUCGUUGGUAUGUUAAACACUUUAAUUUGGUUAGUUCGUCGCUAAACAUUUUAAAGAUUCAUACACACACAAACAUAAAGUGACAUUUCGUAGUUUAGCAAUGAUUUAACGUGCCAAAUUAUGAGUGAAUUAACCAUCCAUAAAAUUUAACAUAUGCCAGAACAUAACAGAAAUUUAAUUCGUUUUUAUACAAAUUUAAAAACUAUUAAAACAUUUACGGAUCCGUAUACAAGUUUUAUUGCAUGUUACAAUAGUAAAGUUGUUAUCAAAAGUCCAGAGGCUGUAUUCAUUAAGCAACUUAGAUUGAACUUUUUUUUUUAAUUAGAAACUACGUUUUUGGACUGUAUAUUUGACUGACCACUAGGCUGAAUGGAAUAACUUUGGCAUUUCUAAGGAUUAGGAUAAGAACAAUAUUGGUUACUGGCCCGGGUGGUAUUCAAUAUGCAUUAUGCAAUUUAAGUUUAUCUUAUGGCCAUACAUCAUUGACUUCAUUCAUUCUAUUGGUCAGUUAUUAAUAACGUAAUCCGAUCAGCUACAUCGUUCUUAGAUCCAAUCAAAUCUACUAUUGAAUACCAGCCCAGCGGACCUAUGGAGUUUCAAGAAAGUGUUUAUGCCCCCUUUUUAUCAUAUCCUAAAACCAUUUAGUUUCCUGUGUGAGUUUCUAUACAUUAACUGGAAAUAGGGAUAUAAUUGUAAAUAUGUUUAAAAAUCUUAAAUACAUGUACACAGGUUUCUGACAUUGUUUAAAACUGUUGAAAUAUAAAGUCCUUCCAAGUAAGCAUGUAAUACACCAUUUUCGCAAAAAAAUAAUUCAAAAGGAUGAUAUGGCAAGAAGAGGCGAAUUUAUGACAAACCGCUGACCUUUUCUUGAGUCUACUUUCAAUUAAUGAGACAUUUAUUCACGGAGCGAAAUUUAGGCGUUUUACUAAGAAUUCUGACAUUUUUAAUCAAAUAUCUGUCACUUGUAACAUGUUUCGAACGACAUAAAGAUGUCUGAAAGUCCUUCUAAAAUACAGUAGAUGUAUUUAAAGUCAGAGAAAAGAAAGGCAAAAAACUCAAAUAUCUGUCUAAAUUAUCUUUGUGUUCGCCAUCUUUUGAUUUUUUUGGCGUUCACCAGGCAACACAUCGCCAUUGUUAUGAUGGGUUUGAAAGAUAUUUAUUGCCUUUUGCACGUGCAUAACUAUUUCCAGCUCAGUGUGUUUAUGUGCUGCCUUAUAUAUUCACUCAACUAUUGUUGUGCAACUAUUUCCGUAGUCUAGUUAUCUUUUCUUGUAAAUACUUACUGUAUUUAUUAUUGUUUGCUUUCCAUUUUAUUACGUUUUAUAUAAAUAAAUUGUAUAACAAAAGGUC